AUCCUGGACGAAACUGCCUCUUCGGCUUGUAUCUUUGCUACAAAUACCUCAUCACUGUCUCUUUCGGAGGUUGCACAGUCGUUAUCGCGCAAGGAUAGAUUUGGCGGCCUUCAUUUCUUUAAUCCGGUGCCAGUGAUGCGCCUUAUCGAGGUCGUUCGCAUCUCAGAAACAUCUGACGACACUUUUAACGUGAGCUGGAUUUCUUCCGCUUCCGAUUUUAGGAAUAGUCACCAUUCUAUUUCUUUAUCAUCUCCGAAUAUCAUGAAGGAUGGUGUUCUAUAUGGCUGGAGCGACCUCUAA